AUAAUGCCACAAAGUUUUCACUCUCCCCUUCAAUUUCCUCAUAGCCUCAAAAACAUUCUCAUUUUCCUCUCUAGCUAAGUUUGUGGGUAUCCAUGGACGUGGAGUCCUCCCGUUGGUCUCGGGCGGCUGAGAAAGAUGGCGGUAACAAGAAGGAAGAGAAGCACGGGAGUGACGAGAAGGACGACGCCGACAUGCCGUCGUCGUUGAACCUUAGAGAGCUUUCUAAAGUUAUACUUCCACCUUUGGGAGUGUCGAGCUUCACUGAUGGAAGUAAAUUUAAGGGUAAUAAAUGGAUCAUCUCUCCUAUGAGUUCAAGAUAUAGGUGGUGGCAGUCGUUCAUGGUGGUCUUGGUUGCUUACUCGGUGUGGGUGUAUCCAUUGGAAGUGGCGUUCAAGGAUGCAAUUCCGAAGCGGGAAUUAUUAAUUGCAGACAAUUUUGUCGAUCUCUUCUUCGCCUUCGACAUCUUCCUCACCUUCUUCGUUGCUUACAUUGAUCAUCGGACUCAGCUUCUUGUUCGUGAUUCUAAGAAGAUAGCUAUCAGGUACUUGUCAACAUGGUUCUUGAUGGAUUUGGCAUCAACAAUCCCAUUUGAGACAAUUGGAUACCUUUUUGUUAGCAACUAUAAUGGUGGUCUCCCUUAUGCCCUCCUGGGAUUGCUCAAGUUUUGGCGACUACGACGUGUCAAGCAAUUUUUCACAAGGCUAGAGAAGGACAUUAGAUUCAGCUACUUUUUGGUUCGAUGUGCUAGGCUUCUAUCUGUUACUUUGUUUUACGUCCACUGUGCCGGAUGCCUCUACUACUUGUUGGCUGACAGAUAUCCAAAUGAAGGACAGACCUGGAUUGGAACCAUGAAUCCAAAUUUUAAAGAGAUUAGCUUUGGAGUGAGAUAUAUUUCAGCCUUGUAUUGGUCUAUCACCACCAUGACGACUGUUGGUUAUGGUGAUCUUCAUGCUGUGAACAUUGUAGAGAUGAUCUUCAUCAUUUUCUACAUGCUCUUCAAUCUCGGCUUAACCGCUUACUUGAUCGGUAACAUGACGAACUUAGUCGUCGAAGGAACUCGUCGCACGAUGGAAUUUAGAAACAACAUCGAAAUGGCGUCAAACUUUGUUAACCGUAACCGGCUGCCUUCGAGAUUGAAGGAACAGAUAUUGGCAUAUAUGUGUUUGAGAUUCAAGGCAGAGAGCCUAAAUCAACAACAGCUGAUUGAUCAGCUUCCAAAGUCGAUAUGUAAAAACAUCUGUCAGCAAUUGUUUUUGCCAACAGUGGAGAAAGUCUACCUCUUCAAGGGUGUCUCAAAGGAAACACUUGCAUUGCUGGUAGCAAAGAUGAAAGCUGAGUAUAUACCUCCGAAGGAGGACGUGAUUAUACAUAGCGAAACCCCUGAUGAAGUUUAUAUCAUCGUGUCCGGGGAAAUCGAAAUUAUCGACUGUGAGAUGGAGCGGGAGCAGAUUGUUGGGACACUACAGUGUGGCAGUAUGUUUGGGGAAGUUGGAGCACUUUGUUGCAAAAACCAAAAUCUUACAUACAGAACCAAAACUCUUUCACAGCUCUUGAGGCUUAAAACAAGUAUACUACAAGAAGCUAUGCAUGUCAGGCAAGACGACAGUAUGGUCAUUGUCAAGAACUUCCAUCAGGAAAGGCAGGCCAGCCACAGAAUCACCAUAGAAGGUUCAGUUGAAAAAGAAACGCCCGCGUUCAAUGAAGAAAAGGAUCAAAGUUUCAACUGGAAACACUCCAUUGAAUUAGACUUUGCUAGAGUAAAUGUAUACAAAGGCCAUCCAGUAGCCAGAAAACAGGCUUCUUGUGAAGAUCCUGGAAAGCUCAUCAGAUUGCCACAUUCAAUGGAGGAGCUCAAAAGAGUUGCAGGUGAAAAGCUUGGAUUUGAUGCAAGAAAUGCUGUUUUGACAAAUGAAGAAGGCUCUGAAAUUGACUCCAUUGAUGUGGUAAGGGAUAAUGAUAAGCUUUUCUUUUCAUAGUUGCAGAUGAUGAAUCUCUGUAAUCUGAGGCUAUGAAAAUAAAUAGGUAUUAGAUAACCAAGGGGGCAUUUUCCAGCAAAAACAAAAAGGGAAUGCCUCACCAAUCAUCUUUUUGUACUGAAUAUUUGUUUUCAACCAAGUCUUAACCGGUUGA